UGGGUACUUAAUAUUUAGACAGUGAGUAGAGAAAGAGCGAUGGCAUUUCUCAGGGCGCUAACUACCACAGCAGCCUCAGUUCUUCCCGCAGCAGUCGCAGUAGCCGCUGUAACGUCUUCGUCCAACGACCCUUCUCGUACUUGUAACCCAGUUUUUUCCAGAUCACCAAACCUUCCCUUCUUAUCCACUUCCAUCCUCAGCCCUGACCGUUGGGGUGUGAGCCUUGUAAGAAACCUUAGCCCUCCCCACUCCUCUGUUCGCAUGGACUCUCCAACGUCGGACCAGAUUCUCCCUACGCAGAGUGACGGAGUUUUGCCGGAGCUGAUGACAGAGUUCAUGGUGGACAUGACGUGCGAUGGCUGUGUGAAUGCUGUCAAGAAUAAGUUAAUUACUGUAGAUGGGGUUAAAGGAGUUGAGGCAGACUUGAGUAACCAAGUUGUCAGGGUAAUUGGUUCUUCACCUGUGAAGAUCAUGCUCGAUGCACUGGAACAGACGGGCCGGAAAGCUCGGCUAAUUGGCCAAGGCAUUCCUGAAGAUUUUCUAAUUUCGGCAGCUGUUGCUGAGUUUAAAGGUCCCAAAAUUUUUGGUGUAGUUCGCUUGGCUCAAGUGAAUAUGGAAUUGGCAAGAAUUGAAGCAAAUUUUAGUGGUCUGACACCUGGAAAGCAUGGUUUGUCCAUAAAUGAGUUUGGAGAUCUGACAAAAGGAGCAACAAGUACUGGGAAGGUAUUCAAUCGAACAAAUCAAGUUACAAUGGAAAAGCCUCUGGGUGACCUGGGAACACUAGAUGCUCAAGAUACUGGUGAGGCCUUCUUCACUGGCGUUAAACAGAUGCUUAGAGUUGCUGAUCUCAUUGGCCGAUCCAUCGUGGUGUAUGAAACUGAAGAUAAAUCAGACCCAGGCAGUGCCGCUGCGGUCAUAGCUAGAAGUGCAGGAGUUGGUGAAAACUAUAAAAAAAUCUGCUCAUGUGAUGGCACCACAAUAUGGGAAGCGAAUAACAAUACUUUUACUGUCAGCAAAGUCUAAUACUUAGUGGACAUACUUCUGUUUUGGAUGUGAACAUUUUUCCAUUGGUGGGUGUUUGUAUCUUGAAUUUUUAUGCACUGUACAAGGUUGGUGUAAUAAUAAACGGUGUAGGAAACUGUCUUCUGUGCGAUAAAAAUGAAAUGAGCCACAAGACUCUUUAGGAU